UCAAAUAUGAGGGUGACCCACCCACAUUGUACUCAUGUGUUAAUAUUUCUAUCAGUUUUUUUCUGGAUUUCUGUGGCAAGUGCAUUCGUUGUACACUUUACCACAAAACCCAAGGACGCAGACUACUUCGUAGCGACCGAUGCCAUUCUUCGAUGGGAAUAUUCCAGCCGGGAGACGAUCAAGUAUGUAAAAUUUGGAGUUCAAAGCGGCAAAGACGAUGUUGCUAUUGUAGUGAAAGAUGUUACUGCUAAAACCGUUCAGUUCAACAGCUUGGUUCGGCCAGAAGUAACAGCAUCAUUUAUCGGCCGAGUGAGCGCAGUGAAAGACGAACUAGCAAGUUUCAAGAUUAAAAAUCUCACGCUGAACGAUACUGGAAGGUAUUUUUGCAGUUUGGACCCGGGAAAAGAGAGUGUGUCUGUAGCUGAGUAUGUCGAACUAACUGUUGUAG